CUUGCUCCGCACCGGGUUGACAGCAGACUGCGAGGGAGGGCUGAGGCGAUCAAGAUGCAGUUUCUGACUCGCACUGUCAUCGUUUCCCUUCAGCUGACUUUAUUCAGCGCAGUGCAUGGUGCCAAAUGGACAUAUGAUGGACCCCAAGGACAGGACCACUGGCCCGAGCGUUAUCCGUAUUGUGGUGGAGCGCUACAGUCACCAAUAGACUUGGAGUCAGAUCUGCUAAGGUUCGAUCCCACUUUACGUCCAAUUGAGGUUCAGAACUACAACCUGUCUCCAAAUGAGCAGCUCACUCUUGGAAACAAUGGACACUCUGUGCAGCUUUCAUUGUCCCCCAUGAUGUCCAUCUCCAGCCUACAUAACCGAUACACUGCGGCUCAACUCCAUUUCCACUGGGGCUCCUCCAGUCGGCCUGCAGGUUCUGAGCAUACGGUGAACAGUAAGCAGUAUGCUGCAGAGUUGCAUGUAGUGCAUUACAAUUCAGAUAAGUAUCCCAAUAUUUCCACCGCCGUGGACAAAUCUGAUGGCCUGGCUGUGCUGGGUGUGCUGGUUGAGGUUGGGAUGUUCAAUCCAGCUUUUGAACACAUUCUGAAGUUCGUAAAUGGUAUUAAAUACAGAGAUCAGAAAGUGAAGGUGCCUGCUUUCAACAUCAGAGCUUUGCUGCCUACGCGUUUGGAUGAGUAUUAUCGCUACGACGGCUCACUGACGACUCCUCCGUGCUAUCCGAGUGUCCUGUGGACGGUGUUCAGGAAUCCUAUAACAGUUUCUCGCAAACAGUUUCUGACCCUAGCAACAGCGCUCUACUCCACAAAUGCCCAGGACUCAGCCUCUAUGUCGCUGAAUAACAACUACAGGAAAACACAGCCUGUUGACAAUCGGCUCGUCUUGGCAUCUUUCAAAGAACAUGACCUCUCUUGGAUAAACACUGGUUUACUGGUUCCCAUACUGGUGAGCUGUACACUGGGACUUGUUUUCAUUGUCACCUUGAUGUGCUGCAUAUUAAGGCAAAAAAGAGCUGCUGCUGAACGAGACAAAGGCAUGCAUGUUGGAUACAAUACUGGAGACAAGGACGAGUAUGGCUCAAGAGUAUAACUCCUUGUUCUGAUUCACACUUCAAAGGAGCUCAGAAACUUCAACAUCCUUGAGACUUUUGUCCCUUUGCAUCACUCACUUUAUUUAUUUUUUGCCCCAUGGGUCACUUUGGAGAUUUAUAAAGGCAUGCAAGGUUUAAUCACAUCACAUAAUAAAGUUUGCAUGUGGCUCUAGGGUUUUGGGAAGUACUUUUUUCUCUCAAGCCACAAUCUGGAGUCCUUUUGCUGUGUUGUGGCAGGCAGAAGAUGGUAGGCCUUCAUGCUGGAUGUUUUAAACUGCAUGCAAGAGGAACAACUGUCCUCUUUAAUUCCACUUUAUUUAUCUGACGUGAUGUGGUGUGUUUCCUAAGGAGAGCUUCACACAGAGUCUACCAGGCAAGAGCCAAGAGCUGAACUGGUGAAAAUCUCAGUUCAAGUCAGAUCAUGGCACCCAUUCCCUAGGGCUUGGUGAAAAGCCCAACCACAGUUCAAACAAUAGGGGGAUAGGAUUUGACAGACAUCUCUGAUGAUAGGAUGGCCCUAGAGGGAUGGGCUAUACCACAAUUCCAACAACCCUGUACUUACAGUUGCUUUAUGGAUUUCAUAAUAAAAGGGUGCUUAGCUUCAUUCAAACACAGCUUCUUCAUUGUGAAAAAUGUUGAGGAAAAAAAGGCUUUUGUGUUUUCAGCCACUCGUGGGCUGACCCCUAACCCUCUGUCCGGCAGUCGGAUCACAAGACUAACUCCCCAGCAGUCCUGAUAGCUUCUUAGUUGGCCUGUAGGCUGUACAGUUAACCACAGGACUGCUGGAAAGUUAAAAUGUUAUCCUCAUCAGGUUUCCCUUAGCCUUUCUUCAUGCCAUUCUUUUGUAUAAUUUGAGAUGAGUUAUUGCUUUGUGUAUUUUACGGACGUAGUCAGUUCCAUCUUCCUGCAGUAGUAAUGACCAUGUGGAGCUGUUAAUGCCUGGUUAAAGCGUGUUUGUCUGGUGAAAGCUGUAAUGUGUGGAGGUGAUGGAUGAAAUGGAAAUCAUAUCAGAAUAAUGGACUGGACCAAGCCUUUGUGUGAAAACUGUGGUCCCCAAAAUCAAGCUAUGACAUGAGCAUUCUGGAGAAUUGCUACAACCCCCUGUGCAUUAACAUACUUAUUGCAUAGAAGGUGACACAUACUAUAAAGCAAAUAAGUACAUUUUAGAAUGUUUAGACUGAUUAAAAAACCCGUGUAAAUGAGAAGUACAAUAUUAAAGCAAAAUAAGCAUGAGGUGAUUCGUUUUGUCACAAUAAAAUGCUCCCUCAGUGUGUCAGGUCUUUAACACAUUAACAUAUUUUUUCUUGUAAUUGUUACUCAUUUAUUUAUUUUGU